AUGACGGGUGCGCCACCGAGCCACAAGAGCGUGGGUCCACUUGUCACUGGCCACCGCUUGGACACUCUUCCCGACGACGUCCUGAUUAUCAUCCUGAGAGACCUUGGAUUGGCCGAACUAGUCAACCUGAGACGUGUCAAUAGAGUCAUCUUGAAUAGAAUAGACCAUCUCGGUAUACCUCUGUACCUUGCGUCCCAUCGCCUCUCUCAUCUCACCCUAUCCCCUUUUCCAACACAAUGGCUGCCGUAUAAUCUAGCAAAAUACAACCACCAGAUCUCUACCCGCCUUAUCUCUCGACAAUGGCAUGCUUUACAGAUAGGCAGAACCUGGUCGCAGAGCGUCAUACCGACCCUAUACCUCGACGCAGAGCAGAGUCGGCUUGUUUUGGGUGUAGGGGGAGAUGUCGUCAUUCACCCGUUGUAUCGUCCACACCAUAGGAUGGGUGGAAAGGUGGUUGGGCAGGGCAGGGGUUAUCCUAUACGGUCAGCCGAGGCUGGGAGCAAGUCUGAUGUGGUCUCCAUCGUCGACCUCAAAGACGGUCAGGGGUCUUUGGCUAUAGCCCAAUUCGACGGCACUAUCCGUCGCUUUUCGUUCCCAGACGACCCUCAUUCUCCCCCCAAGGUAACUGCCCACUACCCUCACUCUAGCACUCGGUCCACCAGAGUCAGAAAAGUGGUUGGCUCUGAAAAAGGCGACAUGAUGAUGAGCACUUCUUGGGACGGGCAGGUAUCCUUCUUGCACACGCGGUCCCCGUGGGUGCAGCCAACGACGAUGAAUGUGGAAGGCAAGGUCGCUUGGUCCAGUCUUCUUACAACCUCUCAUCCAUCGCUGCCACCGACAGCAAUGUUGGGCACAAAGACGGCCGUAUCUUGUCACGAUAUCCUCCCCUCUGGCCCGGUAGAGACCCCAGCAAGGCUCUUGAGAGGCCCAGAUCUUCCUCACACAACAUCUCCUUACGAUAUCCAGCUUCCUCCCCCUUCCUCCUCUCAUAAUCCCAACAUCCUUUUGUCCGCAUGGUACGACUCUCAUCUCCGCCUACACGAUCUUCGCUCCUCCUCUGCCUCUCCUAUCAUGACCUUCCAAGACCCCUUCACGUGGGCAGACAGCUCGGCGUUCUACUCGUGCUGCUUUACGGGAGAGAAUUGGCUGGCAGGUGGAGGUGCGAGGCAUGGCACGGUGGCAUUCUUUGAUAUCAGAAACAGCACCAGAGGGUGGAGCUGUUUCUCGCCUGGGGGCAAGGGCUCGCCGGCAUACAGUUUACAAGGCGAAGGUGGCAAGGUUUGGGGUGUGACGGAGAAGAGAGCGUUCGUGCUUGCCUACGACGGCUCCGGUGACAUUCACGAGGGUUUGGUAGCGAAUGAAGCGAGGGCGGCCCCACAGAAUCAGAGGGAUAGAGGGAGGCAUGCGCCCAAUGGAUACAGAGGGAGAGGAGGGAAAUGGAACUGGACGGUCCGGUAUGAUGCGGAUGAAGGCAACAAGGCAGUGGGAUAUGAGCAUACGGACAGGGAAAUCAAAAUGUUUGAUUCACUUGUUGCAAGAUGA